AUGUCUGAAUUCCCUCCAUCCAGUCUCCGCCCCCUUAUCGAAGAAGUCUUCCACCUCCUCCGCACCCGCAAAGAGACCAUUUCCGUCGCUGAAACCGCAUCGGGAGGCCUCAUUUCUGCCUGUCUCCUCUCAGCCCCAGGCGCAUCCAGCAUCUACAAAGGCGGGCUGACGGUAUACACCCUCGACUCCCGCAUUACCUACACCGGCUGGACCCCUCAGCAUCUAGAGAACUACAGUGGCCCGACCCCAGAAAUAGUGGCGGGGAUCGCGGAAAAUGUGCGCGGCACACUGAAAUCUACAUAUACCGUUUGUGAGAGUGGCACGGCAGGACCGACAGGUGGGACGAGCAGGAAUCGGACCCCUGGAUAUGUGGCGCUCGCAGUAUCGACGCCGUCUGGAACGGUGACAAGGGAGGUGGAGACGGGAACCGCGGAAAGAGAAAAGAACAUGGUGCUUUUUGCUGGGGAGGGAUUGAAGUUGGUGAGGGAUUUACUUAUUGGAGAGGUUAAGCCUACCACUCCAGCACUGUAG